AUGGACACGAAACCGUGGCCGAUACCGGCACCGACAUACAGGCCGCUGGACGCGAGCUGGGACACUGACGACGACGCCCCGGGUCCCCGCUGUGGCCACUCCCUCACCGCCGUGGCUGCCACCAAAUCUCACGGCCCCCGCCUCAUUCUCUUCGGUGGCGCCACCGCCAUCGAGGGUGGCGCCUCCUCCGCUGUUCCCGGCAUCAGGCUGGCGGGAGUGACGAAUUCGAUUCACUCGUACGACGUCGAGACCAGGAAAUGGACCAGGUUGCAUCCAGUCGGAGAGCCACCUUCGCCGAGGGCUGCACAUGCUGCAGCUGCGGUUGGCACCAUGGUAGUUUUCCAGGGUGGCAUAGGCCCUGCUGGGCAUUCCACGGAUGAUCUUUACGUGCUUGACCUGACAAAUGAUAAGUUCAAGUGGCACAGGGUGGUGGUUCAAGGGCCUGGACCAGGACCUCGCUAUGGCCAUACCAUGGAUUUGGUUGCUCAACGUUAUCUUGUCACCGUUAGUGGCAAUGAUGGUAAGAGGGUUCUUUCUGAUGCUUGGGCAUUGGAUACGGCACAGAAACCCUACAGAUGGCAGAAACUCAACCCUGAAGGUGACAGACCUUCAGCAAGAAUGUACGCUACUGCUAGUGCUCGUUCAGAUGGCAUGCUCUUGCUUUGUGGUGGAAGAGACUCUUCUGGAAUGCCACAAUCUGAUGCUUAUGGACUGCUAAUGCAUACAAAUGGCCGGUGGGAGUGGACUCUAGCUCCUGGUGUCUCUCCAUCACCAAGGUAUCAACAUGCAGCGGUUUUUGUUCAUGCUCGUUUGCAUGUUACUGGAGGUGCUCUUAGGGGGGGGAGAGCUGUUGAAGGUGAAGGAUCUAUUGCAGUUCUGGAUACUGCUACUGGGGUGUGGUUGGACAAAAAUGGUGUUGUUACCUCCUCCCGCUUGCACAAGUCCUCAAAUGUCCAUGAUCCUUCUUUGGAGCUUCUGCGUCGUUGCCGCCAUGCUGCUGCCCCUGUUGGCACUCAAAUUUAUAUAUAUGGUGGUCUUAAAGGAGAGACGCUACUUGAUGAUCUUCUUGUUGCAGAGAAUUCACAUUUUCAAUCUGAAAUCACUUCCUCCAUGUACAAUUGUGAUAGGAUCCCAUCUGCAACAAAUCAUCAAGUCAAUCAAAGUCUUCAUUCUGAGUCUCCAUCCUUCCAACAAUCUUUGGAUAGCAGACUGGAGACAACCUCUUUGAGCAUGGAUCAAAAAUCUAUCGACAAGCUGAUUGAAGCUUCUGCUGCUGAAGCUGAAGCGGUUAGUGCUGCCUGGCGAGCUGCAAAGGAAGCAUCUGCAGUUUCCACAGAUGAAGGCAUUUCGGAUAUAAAUGAGUCUGAGUCUCAAGUUAAUCAUAAAUCACCAGCCUCAGAGGACUCUUCAGAUGGUACUGAUUCCCUUGAACCAGGUGUACGGCUACACCCUCGAGCGGUAGUGGUAGCUAAAGAGGCUGUUGGCAGUCUGGGUGGUCUGGUACGGCAGCUUUCAUUGGAUCAGUUUGAAAAUGAGAGUAGAAGAAUGUAUCCUUCAAAUGGUGACCAGGCACAGCCGAUAAAGAAGUUCUUGAAUAGACAGAAAUCUCCCCAGGGUUUGCAUAAGAAGAUUAUUUCCCUACUGCUCAGACCAAGAAGUUGGAAACCUCCUGCUAAUCGGAGUUUUUUUCUUGAUUCAUAUGAAGUUGGUGAGCUUUGCCAUGCUGCUGAGCAAAUAUUUAUGCAGGAACCCACAGUUUUGCAAUUGAAAGCUCCAGUAAAAGUAUUUGGUGAUCUUCAUGGGCAGUUUGGUGACCUUAUGCGGUUAUUUGAUGAAUAUGGUUUUCCCUCGACUGCUGGAGAUAUAACGUAUAUAGACUAUCUUUUUUUGGGUGAUUAUGUUGACCGAGGGCAACACAGUUUGGAAACUAUAACACUUCUUCUUGCUCUGAAAAUAGAAUAUCCAGAGAAUAUCCACUUGAUCCGGGGAAACCAUGAGGCUGCUGACAUUAAUGCUCUUUUUGGUUUUCGUCUUGAAUGCGUCGAGAGAAUGGGGGAAAGUGAUGGUAUAUGGGCAUGGACUCGAUUUAAUCAACUUUUCAACUACCUGCCACUUGGUGCUUUAAUAGAAAAGAAAAUAAUCUGCAUGCAUGGUGGCAUUGGAAGGUCUAUAAAUUCAGUCGAGCAGAUAGAGAAACUUGAAAGGCCAAUCACCAUGGAUGUUGGUUCCAUCAUUCUAAUGGACCUUCUAUGGUCUGAUCCAACAGAGAAUGAUAGCAUCGAGGGCUUAAGACCAAAUGCAAGGGGACCUGGUCUAGUAACUUUUGGGCCUGACAGAGUCACUGAUUUUUGUAAGAGAAACAAAUUACAGCUCAUCAUAAGAGCUCAUGAAUGUGUUAUGGAUGGUUUUGAAAGGUUUGCUCAGGGGCAGUUGAUAACUUUAUUUUCAGCAACUAAUUAUUGCGGGACGGCAAACAAUGCGGGGGCUAUACUUGUGGUUGGUAGGGGGUUAGUCGUGGUUCCAAAGUUGAUUCAUCCACUUCCACCACCCCUUCGAUCACCUGACUCUUCACCUGACCACGUCUUAGAGGACACAUGGAUGCAGGAACUCAACAUCCAAAGACCACCUACUCCUACUCGAGGCAGGCCACAAUCUGCUAAUGACCGGAAUUCACUUGCUUAUAUAUGACCGCAAACCCUGUGAAUCAUGUCCAAACAGAGAUUAAUCUUCUUUUUGCGGAGAAAGUGCGGACCUCACAAUUGCUUGGCAUUUGAAUGCCAGGUUUAGCAUUAUAUGGCAUUGCUCUUUCCAUUGUGUGCAAUGUGAUAUUUGCCAGUGUUCAUCCCCCCUAUGUCAUCUACCAUCACAGUGCAGAUGUAGUUCCAAUGUACAUGGUUUGGUAAAUUGUAAUGAAAUGUUCUUAUUGUUUGUAAAACCUUUUUGAGUUACAGCGAGAUGCAAGUGAAUCCUUGUGAUGUACAUGGCUAAUGAUGCAACCGCUAAAAUGUAAUUUGCUUUCAAGGAGCAUAGUUCAAUAACCUAUUGGAGUGAUUUCGUCGAUCUUGAAGG